UAGCUUAAGUACGACGACGACGGGCUAACUUAGUUAUAAGCUUGGAGGAGCCUCGGAGGACCUCCCACUCCUCCGAGGCCUCUUCAAUAGCACAAAGGUUAAGUUACACCACAAUUUAACUAUCUUUUACUCAAGCUUUGAGAACAAUAAUUUAAACGUAAAUUUUGACUAAUAAGUAGACAAUUUAAUGCAUUAUUAGACUCCUUGAUAUCGUUACCGCAUUGCAAGAUAUUUUCGAGAUAAGCGCACGUUGUGUGCCUAUAUAUAGCAUCGUGCCGGUACGUGUCAUCUCGCAGCUCGCAGUUGAUUUGAUGAUAAAAAAUCAUCACAAAUGACGAUGACGAACGCCUCGAUAAAUUGGCCGGUCAGAUUUUGCAUGUGGCUCGUGCCAUUAUUGGCCAAGCUGUUUUUCGUCAUGAGAAAUUUAAUUUUCAUCGGGUUGCCGAAAAAGCAGCCACCUGUGAAAAAUGUUACUGUGAUGGACAGUGCUUCGACUUUGGCAUCGAAAAUACGUAAUCGGCAAUUAACGUCGGAAUCAACGGUAAGAGCUUUCAUCGCUCGAAUCGAAGAAGUCCAACCGAUCCUCAACUGCGUCACGGAAAAACGCUUCGAAAAAGCCCUCGAGGAAGCCCUGGAGUGCGACCGCCAGCUCCGGUCCCCAAACGCCCCCACCGCCGAUUUUCUAGCCGCAAAGAAGCCACUGUUUGGCGUCCCAUUCAGCGUAAAGGAAUGCAUCGCGGUCGAAGAGAUGAAGCAAACGGCCGGUCUGGUGUGCCGUCGCAACGUCCGCGCCGACGAGGACGCCGAGUGCGUGCGAUUGAUGCGCCAGGCCGGUGGUAUACCCAUCGCAACCACCAACUUAUCCGAACUGGCCAUGUGGAUGGAAAGCUACAACUGCGUUUACGGCAUCACCAAAAACCCCCACAACACGUGGCACACGAGCGGUGGUUCGUCAGGCGGGGAGGGUAGCUUGCUGGCGGCAGGUGGUUCACCCUGCGGCUUGGGAUCGGACAUCGGCGGCUCGAUUCGAAUCCCCAGCUUCUUCAACGGGAUUUUCGGCCACAAGCCGUCCAUGGGAGUCGUGAGUCGCGAGGGACACUACCCGGAAGUAUCCACUCCGGAGCAGGACGAGAUGUGCGUUGUUGGGCCCCUGAGCCGCCACGCAGAGGACCUCACCCUGCUGUUACGGGUCAUUGCUGGGAAAAACGCGGACCGGCUGAAACUACACUCGAGCAUCGACCCCUCGAAAUUGAAGAUCUAUUUCAUGGAGGAGGAGGAGAACUGUCCGGUUGUGACGCCGGUCGAGCCUGAGAUCAAGGCGGCCAUGCAGCGGGCGGUCCGGCAUUUGGAGCGAGCGUACGGGGUGAAAGCUACCCGAGUCAACAUUUCCGCUUUCAAAGACGCCUUGCCGAUCUGGUUCGCGUGGAUGGCGGUUCCGCCCGGGAAGGACAUGUCCGUGGAGUUGACGGACGGAAAGUACUCCCUGGGUAUCGGCCGGGAACUCGUCAAGUUGCUGUUUGGGCUUAGCGAGCACACGUUCGUUGCUCUCGUCACGGCUGGGUUCGAGAAAUUCACGGCCACUCGCUUGGCCAAUGAUGGCGAGAGUAAAAAGAAAUGUUACAAACUACAGGGUGCGAUGUUGCGCCAAGUGUUUGAGAAGAUGCUCGGCCAGAAUGGGGUUUUUAUCUAUCCUACCCAUCCGACGGCUGCUCCCAUGCAUUUCGAGCCGCUCGUCAGACCUUUCAAUUGGAUUUACACGGGUAUCAUCAACGUCCUCGGCUUACCGUCCACGGCUUGUCCACUUGGCUUCAACAAGAAUGGCCUGCCCAUUGGAAUACAAAUUGUCUCAGGACUUUAUCAAGAUCGCCUUAGUUUGGCUAUUGCUGAGGAACUGGAACGAGCGUUUACGGGUUGUAUACCUGCACCAACAGUCAAAAAAUAAUUUUUAUCCAUACCGCUAUUUAACAAAUAAAUGCAAAUACUCAUGCAUUUUUCACGUACCGAGGAGAUAUUCUGCAGAGCCACGUGAUAAUAUAUUAUUUGUAAAAUUUUCAUCAGUACUUACGAGUAAAUAUUUUUAAUGAUUCUAUUAUUUGUUAAAUCGUUACUAUUAUAUUUAUAUCACUGAUUAUAAUCUUGCUACUCGAGCUAGUCUAACAAACGAAAUAUUUAAUUUUUGGAGCGUCACUGAUAGGGACAAUACACAUCCAAGACAAUGGGAAUGGAAAUGGAGAAAUAUUAUGUACAGUGACAUAUUUUUUAUGCUUGGAAAAAAAAAAAUAAUAAAUAAACAGCAGAGGUAAAAUUGU